GGAGUAAAACACGCUAUUAGGAAGACCCGCGACCCGAACUGCGACCCGCAAACUCGCAUCUAUACCUACUCCCGUAACUUCUACCUGCAACCCACAGGGUACCGCAAUGUUUUGUGGGUACCCCACCCCCUGCAGGACUCUAGUUUGGGGGGUUACCAAUAAAAGGGUUUUCCAUUGGAGAAUGUACAAUUAUAUUUGAAUAUAGAGCAGUCAGUUUCCUCUUGGGGAAGUCUAACUGUUCAUUGGAUGUAAGAGUGUUGUUGUUUCACAUGUGAUACUUUGUAUAUCCCUGCGCUGUUUGUUGUUCUUUCUUCUCUAUUCUCCCAGCAGUGCGGAAGCUGAACUUUAUUGUUCCCUGCUCAUGAGUCGGACCCAGCCGGCCCUAUUUGGCUGAUGUUUGUCAGGGUGCCAAGGGGCUGUGUUUUGGGUCAGGGAAAAGCGAGGUGCAGGGAGUGUGAAGUUGUUCCAGAAGAAGGACUGACGGAGAGAAAUAUCCUGUACUGAUCAGACCAGGGGGUUGAAGCUGCUGCAGGUGACUGAGAUCUCCCCAGGGAACAAAGAUUUACUGCAGAACCUUCUGGGCUUGACCUGACUGGAAUCUCAGCACCGUCCUGUUCCAGCUUCAAGCAGAGAUGCCUCGCCACUUCCCACGCCUGAACAUCAAUGAGGUGGACGAACAAGUGCGGCUCUUGGCCGAGAAAGUAUUUGCCAAAGUUCUCCAGGAAGAGGACAGCAAAGAUGCCUUCGCCUUGUUCACCGUCCCUGAGGACUGUCCCAUUGGCCAGAAGGAAGCCAAGGAAAGGGAGUUGGAGAAGGAGCUCGCAGAGCAGAAGUCGGCGGAGACUGUUAAAAGGAAGAAAAGCUUUAAGAUGAUCCGAUCCCAGUCAAUGUCCCUGCAAAUCCCGAUCCACGACUGGAAGAUCCCCACGGUCUCUGCCGUGAUAUCCCCAGUGGAACCAGAAGCAUCGGCUUUUCGGGGACCGGAGCCGGACGCCCCAAUCCCAUAUGAUGGGCCAGAAUUUCAGAGAGUCACAAUAUGUGGAGAUUACUGUGCUGGGGUGACAGUAGAUGACUAUGAACAGGCAGCCACCAGCCUUGCUAAAGCCCUGCUGAUCCGGGAGAAAUAUUCUCGGCUGGCUUACCAUCGCUUCCCCCGGACCACGUCCCAGUACCUGUGCACGAUGAAUGGCAAGGAAAGCUGGAAAAUGGAAGAUGAAGUCUAUCCAGAGUUUAACCCUCCUCCUGACGAUAAAGAGGACCCCUGUAAUCUAGAGAACGUUCCCUCAAACCUUCACUACGUGGUGAGCAUGAAAGGGGGGAUCCCUUAUGUGUACGACAACAAAGCCAAGAUGGAGGCCAACGAGCCGCGCAGUUUCCCUUAUCCCGACAUGGAGACGUAUACGCUGGACAUGAGCCACAUUCUGGCGCUCAUAGCCGACGGCCCCACGAAAACCUAUUGUCACCGGAGAUUGAAUUUCCUGGGCUCCAAGUUUAAUCUCCACGACAUGCUGAAUGAGAUGGCAGAACUGAAGGAGCUGAAGAGCGUGCCGCAUCGCGACUUCUAUAACGUCAGGAAGGUGGACACUCACAUCCACGCGGCCGCCUGCAUGAACCAGAAGCACUUACUGAGAUUUAUCAAACACACCUACCGCACCGAGCCAGACAGGGUGGUGGCAGAGAAAAACGGCCAGAAGAUCACCCUAAAAGAGCUGUUUGAGGGUCUCCACAUGGACCCCUACGAUCUGACUGUCGACUCUUUGGAUGUUCACGCUGGGAGACAAACGUUCCAUCGAUUCGACAAAUUCAAUGCCAAAUACAAUCCGGUGGGUGCCAGCGAGCUCCGAGACCUCUACCUAAAGACUGAGAAUUACAUCGGAGGAGAAUAUUUUGCUCGUAUUAUCAAGGAGGUUGCACAAGAGCUGGAAGAGAGUAAAUACCAAUACACAGAGCCGCGCUUAUCUAUAUAUGGCCGAGUGCCAGAAGAAUGGGACAGUUUAGCAAAAUGGUUCAUCAAGCACAAACUGUAUUCACCCAACAUGCGCUGGAUCAUCCAAGUCCCCCGAAUAUUCGACAUUUUUAAAUCAAAGAAAAUCCUUCCGGAUUUUGGCAAAAUGCUGGAAAACAUUUUCCUGCCCCUGUUCGAGGCCACAAUUAACCCCUCGGAUCACAAGGAGCUCUACCUCUUCAUGAACUAUGUGACGGGCUUCGACAGUGUUGACGACGAAUCCAAACACAGCGAUCACAUGUUCACGUACAAGAGCCCAAACCCGGAUGAAUGGUGCCACGAGCAGAACCCCCCGUAUAGUUACUAUUUGUACUUUAUGUACGCCAACAUCAUGCUGCUCAACAACCUGCGCAAGGAGAGAGGGAUGAGCACGUUCCUGUUCAGACCCCACUGUGGGGAGGCCGGCUCCAUCACUCACCUCGUCUCAGCGUUCAUCACAGCCGACAACAUUUCUCAUGGGCUCAACCUUAAACAAAGUCCAGUUCUGCAGUAUCUGUAUUAUCUGGCCCAGAUUCCCAUUGCCAUGUCCCCACUUAGCAACAACAGCCUCUUCCUGGAAUAUUCCAAGAAUCCACUGCGGGAAUUUCUACAUAAAGGACUUGUGGUGUCUCUGUCCACUGAUGAUCCAAUGCAGUUCCACUACACCAAGGAGGCACUGAUGGAAGAAUAUGCCAUAGCAGCGCAAGUUUGGAAACUCAGUACAUGUGACCUGUGUGAGAUCGCAAGGAACAGUGUGCUGCAGAGCGGCCUCUCCGACAAGGAAAAGAAACAUUUCUUGGGGGUCGGUUACUUGAAAGAAGGCCCCGAGGGGAACGACAUCAGCAGAACCAACGUGGCGCAGAUCCGUAUGGCCUACAGAUACGAGACUCUAUGUAACGAGCUGAGCUUCUUGGCGGACGCUAUGAAUUCACCACACCUCGCUGGUGCUAAACCGUAAUGGAGGACAAAUAAAAUCUUCAGCCUCCUCUGAAAUCCUGUGCCUCUCAAACCUCCAUCGUGGGUCCACCCAUUUACGUAUCUCAAUGUUCUUGUAACAAUGCUGCCUGACAAGACUCGUUUGACAUUUUAUUAUCUGCUUGAUGUGCAGAAUACUGGUAUAACCCACAGAAAGCCACUCUCCAUCUGUUGAAGAACUACAGCUCCCAGCAUACAGCUGCAGUUCUGCAACACUUAGAGGGAAAGCCAAUUCCAAGACACACAAUGCUUUAAAUGAAAGAGUCCCUAGUAACGUUCAUAGUUAUCGAUGUAACCAUAUCGGCUGCUUAACAGAACUAAAAAUAAAUGUGAUAAGGCUUUGCUCAUGGGGGCAGCCAUUUUGAAACUCCCACUUCCUGUGAUUCUAAACAGCAUAACAUGGAGGACAGUAGAUUGUUAAGGAGCUCGAUGACAAGGUUCAAUAACAUGCCACAAGGUCUAGGAUUUUUAAUUUAAAAACUGGCAAAUGUUAAGAUGUUAAGUUCAGCCACAUGUACUACAAUAUUGAGUUAAUACACGCGCAUUUUAAGUACUGUUAAAAAAAAACCUGAUUUUGUUUUUUCCAGGCCAACUUGACUCCCAAGUUGGAAUUUAAUAUAGAUGUGUGUGUGUGUGUGUGUGUUUGUCUCUAAUACUCUAAGAGUGAAUUGCUAUAUGCACAGCUUAGUUGUUGCACUUAGCAGAGCUAAACCCUCAGACGGUACAGCAAUAUGGCAGCUCCUGUCCAUAUGUACAGCGAAGAUCUGUUCUGUGCUCACAAUUACCGUAGCUGGGAACAUAAUCCCCACCAAUCAAUUGGAUAUAUUCUGUCUGUAAAUAAAUAAGGCGUGCAGCAGCGAGGCCAUAUGCAUGAGUAUCUUCGUAGUCGGAACAGAUGGGACAUAGUAUCCUGCCUCGUAAAUUCUAUAAACUGUGAGGACACAAUCGGGAAGGAGAAGUUUCCCAGGAUCUUUAGCAUCAGGUGCUUGGUGUAUUUACAGACAUUCCCCCAGGACUGCGGCUAUUUCCAAGCUGCGUUGGUGGUGGGUGGGGGGAUGGAAAGCUUAAACCCCGUGUAGCUAUUUAGGAUCUACCUUCACCCCAACAUGCUACUCCUGCCAAUCCUAUGCCGAUUUCAAUGUACGCAAAUGUAUUCACCGCCAGUGUUUCCCAUGCACUUUCGAUGUUCCUUUCCCUGUUAAACACAAGGGGGUGGGAUUAAGCAGGAACAGCCUGUUUUAUUUAUGCGUUAUGUUUACAGUUGUACUAUAAGUCAAUAUGAUAUAUAUAUAUAUAUAUAUAUUUUUUUUGUAAUCUAUACGUUUGAAUCAUUUAAUAAAGCUGGUGACACAUCUUC